GUGCGCGCGCAGAGCCGGCUCCCGGCCGAGUAGCGCCCGCCCGGGGGGAGCCGCGGAGGAAACCUCCGCUCCAGCCCUCCCCGCUCCAGGGGUGGCACCGGCCCCUCCGGCCGGCCCAGCCUCGGGGUCCCUGCGGCCCCGGCCGCCAGGAUGCUGUGCGCCCAGCCCGUGGAUGACAGCGAGCCCUGAAAGCUCGGCGGGUGCCACGCGCUCCCACCAGCCUGCCAGUCCCACGGCCGAGAUGGGCUCGGCUCCUGGACUCGCCACAGACGGAAAGCACAACAGACACUGGCCCAGGACAGUCUCUGCCUGAUCCACGGCUGCUCGGAGCGCGGGGCCUAAGGCGGCCAGCCAGCCGGGGCAGGCAAUGCAGAGCACCGUCAAUUACCUGUGGCACACGGACGACCUGCUGGGCCAGGGCGCCACUGCCAGCGUGUACAAGGCCCGGAACAAGAAAUCCGGGGAGCUGGUUGCUGUGAAGGUCUUCAACACGGCCAGCUACCUGCGCCCGCACGAGGUGCAGGUGAGGGAGUUUGAGGUCCUGCGAAAGCUGAACCACCAGAACAUCGUCAAGCUCUUCGCGGUGGAGGAGACAGGGGGCAGCCGGCAGAAGGUGCUGGUGAUGGAGUACUGCUCUAGUGGGAGCCUGCUGAGCGUGCUCGAGAGCCCCGAGAAUGCCUUCGGGCUGCCCGAGGAGGAGUUUCUGGUGGUGCUGCGCUGUGUGGUGGCUGGCAUGAACCACCUGCGGGAGAAUGGCAUCGUCCACCGCGACAUCAAGCCUGGGAAUAUCAUGCGUCUCAUGGGGGAGGAGGGGCAGAGCAUCUACAAGCUCACGGACUUCGGGGCCGCCCGGGAGCUAGACGACGACGAGAAGUUUGUCUCUGUCUAUGGCACUGAGGAGUACCUGCACCCCGACAUGUAUGAGCGGGCUGUGCUUCGCAAGCCCCAGCAGAAGACAUUCGGGGUGACUGUGGAUCUCUGGAGCAUUGGGGUCACCCUGUACCACGCCGCCACUGGCAGCCUGCCCUUCAUCCCCUUUGGUGGGCCACGACGCAACAAGGAGAUGAUGUACCGGAUCACCACGGAGAAGCCGGCCGGCGCCAUCGCAGGCGCUCAGAGGCGGGAGAACGGGCCCCUGGAGUGGAGCUACAGCCUCCCUGUCACCUGCCGCCUGUCCGUGGGGCUGCAGACCCAGCUGGUGCCCAUCCUGGCCAACAUCCUGGAGGUGGAGCAGGCCAAGUGCUGGGGCUUCGACCAGUUCUUUGCGGAGACCAGCGACAUCCUGCAGCGAGUCGUUGUGCACGUGUUCUCCCUGUCCCAGGCCGUUUUGCACCACGUCUACAUCCACGCCCACAACACGAUAGCCAUCUUUCUGGAGGCUGUGUAUGAGCAGACCCAGGUGGCCCCCCAGCACCAGGAGUACCUCUUCGAGGGUCACCUUUGCAUCCUUGAGCCCAGCCUGUCAGCACAACACAUCGCCCACACGACCACAAGCAGCCCCCUGACGCUGUUGAGCACGGCCAGUGAGACUCCCAAGGGGCUGGCCUUCAGGGACCCGGCUCAGGACAUCCCCAAGUUCUUCCCCAAAGUGGACCUGCAGUCAGAUUACACCACCUCCAAGGUGAGAGGCGGUGCGGGUGGAUCCAACCACAAAACUCCCCAGAUAUCCCAGAAGCCAGCAAGGCUGUCCCAAAGAUGUCAUACUCCUAACGUGGUCGUGGGGCUCUGCCUCCCAAUCCCCCAGCCGUGUCCUUUCUCUGUCCUUCCCUGGAGGUUCAGCAGUGUGUCUGGGACGCCUGAGAUAGAGGAGGUGAAGAGAGUGACCGAGCUGAAGUCCAGGCUGCGGGCUUUGGCAGAGGCCCUCUCCAGAUGCUCCCACAGGAUCACAGAGACCCAGUUGCGCCUGAGCAACCUGAGUUCUGAGCUGCUGAAGAACCGGGAUCAGGUACAUGCGGACAGAAGCAUCCAGAAGAUUCAGUGUUGUUUGGACAAGAUGAACCUCAUCUACAAACAAUUCAAGAAAUCCAAAAUGAGGCCAGGGCUUGGCUACAAUGAGGAGCAGAUUCACAAGCUGGAUAAGGUGAAUUUUAGUCGUCUAGCCAAAAGACUUCUGAAGGUAUUCCAGGAGAAGUGUGUGCAGAAGUACCAGACAUCCCUGGUCACUCACGGCAUGUGGAUGAGGGAGGUGCACGAGACCAGGAACCAUCUGCGCAUGGUCAGCUGUUCCAUGGCUGCCCACAACACGGAAGCCCAGGGAGUCCAGGAGAGCCUCAGCAAGAUCCUUGACCGGUUAUCUAACCAGCUCCUUCAGGACAGAGCAAAGGAGGCUCAGGUCUCACCAUCCCCGGCAGCCCCCUAUCCCAGCCCUGCACUGACGGACCUGGUUUUCCACAUGCAAGAACUCUGCAAUGAGAUGAAGCUGCUGGCCUUCGACCUUCAGGACAACAACCGCAUCAUUGAAGGGUUAAAUACGCCCCCAUCCGGCUCCUGACUCCUGAUCUCUGAGCUCCGUGGGGUGGCCGGCAUCCUGAAGCAUUAGAACCAUUCCAACACUGCUCGCCUGCCUGCAGUGUGGGACCUAACACAGGAUGAUGUCUGGUCCCCCUCAUCAGCCUACCUCCCUCCUGGCCAACAGCUGGGAGACGUCACCAGCAUUACCCUCCGUUGCCUCUCUACCGGAAGCAGCAUGGCAGGACCUGGGGCACCAGGCCAUCUCUGUCAGGACCCACUGCCUAGGCUGACCUUGGCAUCUCAUGCAGGCUCAGGUCCAUCUCCUCCGUUGCCGCGGCCUGUAGAGCCGAAGCUGCCAGGCUGUGGGGAGAAGAGGCUCUGGUCGGCCGGCCCACCCACCUCCUCUGGGUUACAGGUCUUCACUUCUCAGGGAACAGAAGAGGAGGCCUCUGGGGGUUUCCCUAGGAUGCUGGGUCAAACGACCUCAUUUCAGUCUUCCUUCCUCUUAAGGGGUUCCACGUUGAACAUAGAGUCCUCCCCUGUCCUGUGAUUUCUGAGGGUCCCCGCUCUCAGCCCCGGGCAUCACAGAGCCUGAUUUUCCCUCUACUCUUGGUCUGGCAGAGCCUGGCAGAGUUGAGAGAAUGGGUGGUCCAGGUCCGGUGCUAGGGCCUCAGGCACCCCCACCUUCGUCUCUCUCCCUGAGGCACUGUCAGGCCCUGGGAGGUGCAGUCAGCUGCGGUCAGCAGUGAGCACAGGCCUGUAAGUGCAGAUAAGAGGCUGUACCUCCGAGAAGUGGAAUAAACAUGGCCUUCUUUUCUA